GCAUGCUGGUAAAUGUAGUCAACAAAAGCGUCAAAAUGGUGGAUUUUCAGCCUCCUCCUUUCAGAACCCUGGACGAUUUUCUGCUUUGUUCUGCUCGAUUGUCUGUGCCUGAUGUUCGUAACUUGGAUCGGUGGAAUAACCGAAUCAUUAACAACCUUCUGUAUUACCAGUCGAACUAUUUUGCUUUCGCCGCGGCUUUUUUGUUUAUAGUCGGAUAUUUCCAACCACUCCAGCUGAUCCUUGGGGCAUCAAUAGUGAUCCUUCUGUUUUUGGGGUUUGUCUGGGCAGCUGAAAACAAGGCAGUAAUCCGACGAUUCCGGAGGAAUCAUCCAUCGCUCUCCCUGGCUGCAAUUUUGGGCUCCAGCUACCUUCUUCUUUCUGCUUUAGGAGGAGUAGCUGUCUUCCUUUUUGGCAUUGCCUUCCCCAUAUUAAUGAUUUUAAUCCAUGCUUCAAUAAGACUCAGAAGCCUUAAGAACAAACUAGAGAAUAAGUUGGAGAGUAUAGGAUUGAAGAGGACACCCAUGGGCCUGCUACUGGAAGCGUUGGGACAGGAACAAGAGGCUGGAUCAUAGCUGUGCUAACUAUCAAUUAACUGUGCUAUCGCUCACCCCUUCUUUCCUAUGAGCUUCUUACUUGUCCUUAAAAUAUGUAUGAAAACAGAUAUUGGCAAAACAUAUAUGGCAUUUGCUAAAGUCUCUCAGAUAUGCAAGAAGGGCCCAAUGGACAUGAUUAGAUUUUAUGAUUAUGUUUAUGAAAGAUCACAAAAAGUAAGAUAACAGGAUCAGGUGUUAACUAUGUUUCCAAAAAAGGCAAUACAAUGCCUUGUAAAUAGGGUGUAGGUUAAGAGUUAUUAAAUGUAUUAUUUGAGCAACCGUCUGUUAUUGCUUCAUUCGAUGGACUGAAUUUUUCCAACACUUUUAUUCUGUCCCUAAAGAUGUUUUCAAUGACGCAAUCGGCCUACAAAUGAGGCCUUUGAAGGAUGCAGCCCCAAAUGGCUAACUUCAUGUGCACUUUCGGUCUUAUAAUGGCUGCUGUGUGCGCGUGAGAAUGUGAUAACCAUGAGAUAGCACAGAAACGUCUGUAAGAUGUCUACUAAAGAUCUGGAGAUCUGGAAAAUAUCUCCUGUGGACAUCUGAUAAACAAGUUAGAAUUAAAGAGCAGUUUUACAUGCAUUCUAAACCAUAAACAUCUUACAGACAUCUUCUAGAUGUCUAUAUAUCAUCUGACAGGAAACUUUCUCAGAGAUGUAUUAAAGAGGUGCAAUACAUCUCUGUAUGAAAAUCUGUUUGAUUAACAGUGUGUUUAUUACUUCAUUCUUAUGGAUUUAAUUGUGCCAGCACUUUUAUUUAGUCCCUAAAUGUGUUUUUUGUAAGUAACACUUGAUUUUGUGAAUUGUUUUGAAGGAUAUUUUAAGAGAUUGUCUUUUUGCCAGUGCAUUACAUGACCAAAUAUUAUUUUUACAGUUUAUUUUGAGUUUUAUUGUAUUUUGUUUUAAACCAGUUUGUGCCAUAUGCGGCCUGCCAUGAAUUGUUUUAGCAGUCUUACAAAGUGCCAAGGGAUUUCUGUUAUAUCAACCCAAAUUAGUGACCAAGAAUAUUCACUCUUUAUGUUUCCAUUUAAGUGAAUUGUGCCGCACAAACUGACAUUGUUGUUGAGAGAUACAAAAACAUAUAUACAAAUGAAUCAUUAGUACACUACAGAUGUUUAUUUGUUCUUUUAGUUAUUUAACAUGUUUGAGAAGAAAAAAAGUCUUUUUUGUUUUUUUCUGCAUAAUUGAUGUUUACAACAUAAGUUGACUUGUAUUUUCAGGAAAUGCUCAUCCAUUGCUGUGCCUAAUAAAUAAACUUUCUUAUACAUCUGCAGC